AAUUUUGUUGUUUAGUAGAGCAGAACGUUUACUUACUCAUUGGAUACCUGUGCGCUUGCGACGGAGCAGACACAAAACUUUCGUUUUAUAUGGUACGCAGUAUAUGUAAAAUGAAGGUGUGUAAUAUCUGGCUGCUGGAGGUUCUGUGUCUCUUAUCAACUUUAAAGAUUGUCAACACAUCAGUUAACACCAGCCGUGAGCCAAAUACCAAAACCACCACUCAAAGUUCAAACCACAAUGCUAUAUACUCAAGUGAUAAGGCAGUAGAUGGCUGUAGAAAACAAAUAUUCGACAGCCAAAAUUGUUGUUCACAUACACAGACAGGUAAAGAGGAGGCAUGGUGGCAAGUAUAUCUAGAGGGACUGUUCGUUAUGGAUUACGUCAAAAUAUACUACAGAGAUCAAGUGAACCUGCAAAGAAAACGAUUUGGUGGCUAUCAAAUAUACCAGUCGAACACGUCGGAUUGGAGGAACGGUUACCUUUGCCAUAAAGACACAACAUCAACGUCGGCCGAUUUGUCAUUGACUCCCCGGAUACAAUGUACAGGUAGCGCCCAAUACAUGACGAUAUACAGCGACAGACUCACAGAAAGACUAUCGUGGUACUCUGAUGAGGCUAUUCUGGAGCUUUGUGAGGUAGAAGUGUACGGUUGUCCGCUUGGGAAAUAUGGUGAUGAUAAUUGUGAUUCAGAUUGUGAUGUAGGGUGUGCCAAUAGCCUGUGUGAUCCAGUGACCGGAGAAUGUGCAUGUAAUUACAUAUAUCUAAAUAUAUCAAUACUGGAAAAAGGUUCAGCAUGCCAUUUGCUUGUGGAAAGAGAAAAAAAAAAGAGCAGUUUAUCAUACAUUUUUCUAUUAAUGAGAACCGUUGUGAUACAACUCAUUUUAAGUAUCAGACAAUAUUAUUAACAAAGAGUGUAGGUCGUUAUCAUAACCUUAUUCAACAUAGUGUACAUUGUCUUGCUUUGGCGUCGUAUAGGCUUUCGGUACAGUGAUAGCAUAUGGAUAUGUUUUAUUAUGCUAACACUACACCAUUUUAAUUAUAACAUUCUACAGUUUCUUAUCCAAGUAACUCAACGUAUGGUUAGCAGUCUUCAAUAUAC